AGAAGGAGGCCAACGGCGUCACGUACCGCGUGCCCGCCCUGCUCUACCUGCCCUGCGUGGCCAAGCUGCUGGCCUUCGCGGAGGAGCGGCUGAGCGCCGACGACGCCCACGCCAACCUGCUGGGGCUGCGCCGCGGGACUGUCUCACGGAGCUACGUCGAAAAAAAGCGGCUGGGGUUGGGGGGACACUGGGAAGACAUGCGUGUGCUGGAGACGGCGACGCUGCGGCACCACCGGUCAAUGAAUCCCUGCCCACUCUACGACGAGUUCACCGGCACCCUCUUCCUUUUCUUCAUCACGGUGCUGGGCAGGACGCCCGAAGCUUACCAGAUCAUCACCGGCCAAAACGUCACCCGCCUCUGCUGUGUCACCAGCGCCGACCAGGGCCUGAGCUGGAGCACGGCCACGGACCUGACGCAGCAGGUCAUUGGCGGCGCCAUCAAAGACUGGGCUACGUUCGCGCUCGGCCCCGGGCACGGGAUCCAGCUGCGGUCCGGUCGGCUGCUGGUGCCAGCCUACAGCUACCACAUUGACUGCAAGGAGUGCUUUGGGCAGCUCUGCAAGACCACCCCUCACUCCUUCGCCUUCUACAGCGACAACCACGGCCAGGUCUGGCGCUUCGGCGAGUUCAUCCCCAACCUGCAGACCGGCGAGUGCCAGCUGGUCUCAGUGGAUGAGGAGGAUGGCUCCAACGUCCUUUACUGCAAUGCCCGCAGCCCCUUGGGCUUCAGGGUCCAGGCGCUCAGCACGGAUGACGGAGCCGUCUUCCACGGGGGACAGCUGGUCCAACGACUGGUCGAGCCACCCCAUGGCUGUCACGGCAGCGUCAUUGGCUUCCCUGCACCUUUUGUGUAUGUCCCUGCUGCCCCCCAGGACCCCGUGAUGCCCCUCCGGGACUCAGCUCACCGGCUGCUCCCCAGGAUGCUCCCCGGAUUUCGUUACCUGCCCACCCACUUGGCAGUGGGUGAUGAGCUGCUCGCCGUUGCCACUGGCAACCACCCUGAGCCAGCUGAGUCCAAGGAGGGCUGUCCUACAACCGGGCACCACAGCCAUGCCCGCAGCAUCACUUCAGUCGGAGGGCACCCUGCGGUGACCCCCAGCCCCACUCCCUUCUUCCAAGCACCGACGUGGGUCCUCUACUCCCAUCCCACCAGCUCCAUGUCCCGGGUCAACAUGGGAGUCCACCUGAGCACCUUCCCCAGGGAUGUGGAGAGCUGGACCGAGCCGUGGGUCAUCUACGAGGGCCCAAGCGCUUAUUCGGACCUGGCUUACAUGGAGCUGCCCUACAACGAGGCCUCCAUCUCCGGUGGCCCGGCCAUCGCUUUCGCCUGCCUCUACGAGAACGGGACGCGGUCGCCCUACGAGCAGAUCUCCUUCAGCAUGUUCACGCUGCACGACGUGCUCCAGAACAUCCCCCUGACAGCCACUGCUCCACCGCGGCACGGGGGCCCUCCGCGCCGUGGGAAGCGGAGGCGAAGGAGCUGCCUUGUCUCCUAG